GUAAAUUACAAACAACGCAAAUUUGAUACGCAAAGGAGAUCUCUCUCGUUUAUGCAAACACUCUAUUUUCCCACCUUCAAUUUGCUCCAUAUAUAUACACACACCUGUAUCUAUAUCCCCUGAACCGACAACAACUUGAAUCGAAAUGACAACCGUCGGCGGCAAUGCGACGGAGAACGGCGUCGUUUCGCCUCGCUCCGCCCUCAUAUUUCUCGGCACCGGCUGUUCCAGCGCUGUUCCCAAUGCUAUGUGUCUUUUACAACCUUCCGAUCCGCCGUGUCAACUCUGUUUUAAGUCCAUCUCACUCCCUGCUGAACAGAAUCCUAAUUAUCGGUGCAAUACAUCACUACUUAUCGACUUUUGUCCAAAUGAUGGCCAUCACAAAUAUAUAUUGAUUGAUGUUGGAAAGACAUUUAGAGAGCAAGUGCUUAGGUGGUUCACAUUUCAUAAGAUUCCUCGGGUGGAUUCUAUUUUGUUGACUCAUGAACAUGCUGAUGCAAUUCUUGGUCUGGAUGACAUACGUGCUGUACAGCCAUUUAGCCCUACAAAUGAUAUUGAUCCAACUCCAAUCUACCUUACACAGUUUGCCAUGGAUAGUGUAGGUGUGAAAUUUCCAUAUUUGCUUCCAAAACAACUCAAGCCUGGCCAAGAAGUAAGGCGUGUGGCCCAACUUGACUGGAAGAUAAUUGAGAACGACUGUAUGAAGCCAUUUGUUGCAUCAGGAUUAAAAUUUUCUCCAUUGCCUGUAAUGCACGGGGAAGAUUAUAUAUGUCUUGGCUUUCUUUUUGGUGAAAAGUAUAGAAUAGCUUAUAUAUCGGAUGUUUCACGUUUUCUUCCCGAGACAGAGCAUUAUAUUUCUAAAGAUGGUGGUGGUCAGUUGGAUCUUCUAAUAUUAGACACACUGUACAAGAAUGGGUCCCAUAAUACUCACUUUUGCUUCCCCCAGACUCUUGAAGCUGUGAAGAAGUUGAAGCCGAAGCAAGCUUUCUUCAUUGGAAUGACACAUGAAUUUGAUCAGCAGAGGGAUAAUGAGUUUCUUGCAGACUGGUCUCAGAGAGAAGGAAUUCCAGUCCAGCUUGCACAUGAUGGGUUGAAAAUCCCGGUAGACCUUUCAUGAGGUUGAUCUUUGAGGGAACUUGUUUUAUCAGACGAUACAAAAAAUUGCUUCUUCCCAUUUCGAGAUAGAGAGAUUCAACACAGAUUUUGGUAAAGUUCCGCUGCAAGCAUGUUUAAGUGGUUUUCUGACAUUCUGCGAAAUUCACUGAUGCAUCAUAUAGUUCACAGAUAGAGAGUACUGGCAGAAUUAAUAUCUUGUUACAUCUUAUGUUUAUUCUUACAGGGAAGAAAUAUAUGCACAUACAUUACAAAUUUCAUCCUUGAUAUAUGUCCGGAAUUUACAUUCUUAAAGUAUUAUUUCAUAUUUCA